GAGCGUCGUAUACCGGAAGUGCUAUUGUAUUUAGCACGGCUAAUCGAACAGCUGUAGCGUUACGUUUCCCCCCUUCGGACUGAUUUUUCUACCGGCACCGACCUGACUCAUGUCAACAAACAUGCCGACGGAGAAUUUGAAUCUCGAGUCGCAGCUUUUAUCCAUCAUGGACGUGCUGGUGAAAGCGGCAGUGCUGGAAAUAAGCCAGCUAUUCUCGGAGAGCUCAGCGUCCCUGCGGCUCUAUCUCAACCAGAACUUGAGGGACAACGAGAGCCUGAGGAUGAGGAUGAAGGCGAUGAGGAGCGAGAUCUUCUCCCUCCGCUUGCAGACCAGGAACAAUCGGCCGUCCAGCCGCUUCUCAACAUUCAGAGCAAAUCUGACCAAAGCCCGAUGCAAAACACCAGUUAUCCUAAAGCCUCCAGCAAGCCAACAAACUUCUUCCAUCUCUGUGCCCCUGGCGACUGAAACGUCCCCUCCAGAUGCAAAAGAGCAUGCAGUUCAAGAGAUCCCAGAUGUCAUCCUGAUUAAAGAUGAAGAGGACGCUGGAGGAUGCGAGUCAAGUGAAAGUCAGGACGUCUUCUUAAAUCCCUCUGCACAGAAUGAGGUUGCCACCGGUGCACAAAACAUAGAGCCCUCGGGAUCUUCCCUGACAGUCAGGAACAAGGAGCUGAGAAUCAUUAGCGUUCACGGACGAGGAGAAGGACCUCUCCAGGACGAGAUUGAAAGCCUCUUUGCUGCCACCGAUCAGCAAGCUUUUCAUUCUCAGGACCUUACAGUCAGCCAUGAUGGUUUCCUGAAUGAGGUCCCAAGUGCCAGUGACAACAGAGCCCCUUUGAGAAAUAGCCAGGUGGACAGAAUCCUCUCCUCUCAGGCGACCAUAUUAAGAACAGCCGACAGUGACGGAGGACAUCCCAGUUACAUGGACCAGUUCCCCCAGCAGAUGAAUCCCGUUUUCCCAUCUCACACAGUCAGCAAAUCUUUUGAUUGCAACUUGUGUGGCAUGUCCUUCCCCGCUCGCGAAGACCUGAUGGCGCACCGGGCCACUCACAUUUCCUGCAUCAUGUGCGGCAAGUCCUUCGCCAACAAGACCACGCUGACCAUCCACAUGCGGAUACACACUGGAGAGAAGCCGUAUGCCUGCACGCUUUGCGGGAAGCGCUUCACCCAGAACGGCAGCCUGAAGAUCCACUUGAGGACUCACUCCGGGGAGAAGCCGUACACCUGCUCGCAGUGCACGGCCAGCUUCAACAAUCCCAGCAACCUCCGGAGGCACAUGAUGACACACAACUCUAACGGACCGCUCUGACCUUGAUUUGUGGAAAAUUAUUAUUUAGAGCGCAGUGAAAAAGGAUUUGCUUCCUUCCUAAUUUCCACAAAGAUAACCCGCCUAUAUUAAAAUUUGAUUCUAAAUAGUGCUUGUUAAUUAUAAUGGAAGAAAAAAAUAAAAAACCUAACCAGUUUUCUGU